UGCAAAGAGGCCGUGGGAACGGAAGGAAAAGAAGGAAAGGAAGAAAGGGACACCUGGGACUUGGGAUAAACUUGCAUAUUUAUGCUCACAAGUUUCCCUCAAAUCGACAAAAAAUCCCACUCUUCAACUUCUACCAGCACUUUGGUUCUUUCUUUUCCCACCACCAUCAGCACCUGGUUUUAACUCUGUCUCUAUCGCCCGUCGCUUUGUCACUUCCGUCCGUACCCGUCCGAUUGCCCGAAGAUCAAAUCUCACUCCAGAUCAACAACCUUGAUUCGCAUUCGAUUCGGCCUUGAACUCGAACACGUGAUGGUUGCACCGUCGAUUUGUGCACCGGCGGGUUCUGGAGCCUUCGGUGGGGGGUCGCGCCUGUGAGGGAAUUUCGCUCUUGUAUUCUGUCACUUCGGGGAAUUUGGUAAAUUUCAUGGGCGAUCUUAGGGAUUGGUGGCCUGAACCGAAUCAAACGGCAAUUGGUGCCGAGUUCUUGCAACGAGCCGAGGAAGCGACGCAGGGGGUCAUAGCCCAGGUACAGCCGACCGUUGUAUCUGAAAAUAGGAGGAAAGCGGUUAUUGAUUACGUUCAGAGGCUCAUUAGAACUCGUCUUGGUUGUGAGGUAUUUCCAUUUGGGUCUGUACCAUUAAAGACCUAUCUGCCUGAUGGAGAUAUUGAUUUGACUGCCUUUGGUGCUCUCAAUGUCGAGGAGGCUUUGGCCAGCGAAGUUUGUUCGGUCCUUGAAAGAGAAGAUCACAACAGGGCUGCCGAGUUUGAAGUAAAGGAUGUCCAAUUGAUUCGGGCAGAGGUUAAGCUUGUAAAAUGUCUUGUACAGAAUAUUGUGGUUGAUAUUUCCUUCAAUCAGUUAGGAGGGCUCAGUACGCUAUGCUUUCUUGAGCAGACUGAUCGUCUGAUUGGCAAAGAUAAUCUAUUUAAACGUAGUAUUAUACUGAUUAAGGCUUGGUGCUACUAUGAGAGCCGUAUUCUGGGUGCUCAUCACGGCUUGAUUUCUACAUAUGCUUUGGAGACUUUGGUUCUAUAUAUCUUCCAUCUUUUCCAUGCAUCCCUAAAUGGUCCUCUAGCGGUUUUAUAUAAAUUUUUGGACUACUUUAGCAAAUUUGACUGGGACAACUACUGCAUCAGCUUGAAUGGUCCAGUUCGAAUAUCCUCACUGCCAGAACUCGUGGCUGAGACACCUGAAAACGAUGGUGGUGAUCUAUUGCUCAGUAAUGAAUAUCUCAAGGGAUGUUUGGAAAUGUUUUCAGUUCCCUCAAGGGGGUAUGAGACAAAUUCAAGGACAUUCCCCCCAAAGCAUCUUAAUAUAGUUGAUCCGCUGAAAGAAAAUAACAACCUUGGCCGCAGUGUGAGCAAAGGAAACUUUUACCGAAUAAGGAGUGCUUUCACAUAUGGUGCUCGAAAGCUUGGGCGUAUCCUCUCCCAGCCAGAAGAAAACAUUGAUGAUGAAAUUCGUCAGUUUUUCUCAAACACAUUGGAUAGGCAUGGAAACGGGCAGAGGCCUGAUGUUCAGGAUCCUGGCCCGAUGUCUGGACAUGAUGUAUUUGGCAGCGCAUCGUCAUUUUCUAGUACAGAUUCACAAGAAGAUCAGACGAUUAAUGAAUCAGAAUAUUCCUGUUUAAAUGGCAAGACAGGGGAAUGUAGGUUGGGUUAUGAGGGACCAACACAUGGUGGAUUCACUAAUACCAAGACAUCAGGGACCAGUAUGAGCUUUGGCAGAGCUGUGGAUGAAUCAAAAAGAAGCUCUGUGAAUGUGUCAGCCUCAACCAUGUUGGUGGAAGCUGACGAAUCUGCAAAUAAGAUUACUGUUUCAGAAUACCGUCUUUCUGGGGAUGUGAAAGACCUUGCCACCUCUGGAAUUCAAGGUCUUAUGAUCUCAAAUGAUGCAUCUAAAUCUCCCCUUUCGAGUUGUGAGGAUAGAAUAUCCCCUUUGGGUAAAGCGCAUCAUGCACCUCAUCUCUAUUUCUCUCACACAUUCAGCGGAAAUGGGGAUGGAAAUUCAGAUAAAAAACAGCCAGAAAACUCUGGUUAUACCAAGAAGAAAGAUUUGUCUGGGCUUCUGCAAGCACCUCCCGAGGAGAAGGCCUUUAUAGCGCAUGGUGAUCAGGAUGAGAACCACUCGGUUAGUGAUAAUGACUGUCUGUCGCCUGUUGGAUUGAAGCACUGCCCUUCACGUUUGAGUUCAGUUGCUUUGUCCUCAGAAGAUCUUUAUCCUAAUUAUCGUGGUUAUUGGAUAUUAAAUGGCACUUCUGGAAAUCCUGAAGCAUUGAAAUCUUUGUCAGAUCUCAGUGGGGACCACGAGAGUCACGUUAACAGUUUGCGUUGUGGUAGGUGUUGCUAUGAGUCUGCCUUGAGUACACCUGUUACUUCCAUGUCUCCAACAUUGUUCUCACAGUUCCAUGGCAGGAAGCCAUGGGAUGCAAUACGACAGUCUGUGCAGCUGAACGGGAAUGUGUUUUCCCAGGGGAACACCAAUGGUGUUGUCCCAAGGUCAGGCUUCUACGCCUUGAACUCACCAAUAUUACCUGGUGGUGCUGUAUUUGGUAUGGAAGAGAUGCCAAAGCCACGAGGAACAGGGACAUAUAUUCCGAACACGAACCAUUACCGGGACAGGCCCUUGACUCCAAGGGGAAGAAAUCAAGCACCAGUAAGGUCUCCUCGUAACAAUGGCCGUGCCAUGUCAACCCCUGAGUCAAAUUGGUCUGAGAGAAGUCCUCGGAACAAUGGUCAUGCCAUGCCAACCCCUGAGUCAAAUUGGUCUGAGAGAAGCAGCCGGGAGUUGGCACAAGCACAAUUCCCUGUUUAUGGUAGCGGAAAGUCUGGGUCUUCAGACCAACCCUCUGGUUCCCCUGGAAGGAAGGUAUAUUCUAAUGCCAAUGGUUCAGCUCAUCCGUCUGAGAAAGUUGUUGAAUUUGGGCAUCUGCCAGUGGAGGGAUCUUUGCCAGAAAGGAGCUGGCAACAAAACUCUGGCGCAGCACUUGCUCAAAACUCAAGCGGAAGCCUUCCAUCUCCAGGGAUGCUAAGCCCAAAGCCUGUAUUGGGUACGAAUCAAGAUAGGAUUGGGGUACAAUCAUACCGUUUGAAAGAUGAAGAUGACUUCCCACCUUUAUCUGGCUGACUGCGGUGGGAAGUAUGAAUGAGUAGAACAGUUAAUACUAACAAAGGCAACUUAUGCCCGAGCUUCAACCUACAAGGAAGCUCAAGAAAUGGAGUCCAUUUUUUUCCUGUUUGUGGUUCGAAGGCAUUUUUGUACAUUCUACUUUUUUUUGUAACUUCCAAUCGUGAUAGCUGUGUUUUACAGAGAUGUUGAUAUAUAGGAUGUUUGAGAUGUGGUUUCAUCUCAGCAUUUGUUUUUCUUCUUCACCCCUUGUAGGUAAAACAGUACAAAAACAAAAAUAUUGUUGUUGCUGAUGUCUGGUGUAACUCAUAUAGAAAUUACUUUCUGCAGCUGUAAUGAUGUAACUUUUUGGGUAUUAUCCUAUUCGAAAGGUUCUUCGUGCCUCCA